AAGGCAGCAUCAAGUAAGGAAUCUUCAUCAGUUAUAAUCUAGUCGCUGUCACACUGUUUGCUAGUAGAACAAAUCCAAACUAAUUGUCAAAACUGCGAUAUUAUGUGGAAUAUUAAAGAAUUUCGAAUAAGUUUUGUACUGGUGACAGUCUUGCUGUUUGCCAGUAGUGGAAAGGCUCUACUUCCAGAUCUCCUUCUAAAAGGAUUAACUUUUGGCUUAGAUGCUAGUGAUUUUGUCUCUGAAGAACUUCUUCCAGCUGAUGUACCACCCCAAAAUGGAACCUACGACUUCAUUAUUGUCGGAUCCGGUCCAGCGGGUUGUGUUUUAGCAAAUCGACUUUCUGCAAAUCCCAAUUGGACAGUUUAUCUACUCGAAGCUGGAGGAAGAGAAAAUAUUGCCCAUGAUAUUCCAGCAAUGGCUUCAAUUCUACCAUUAACAGAUUCAAACUGGGGUUACGAAUCAGUUCCUCAAAAAAAUGCUUGUAAAGGUAUGUACAACAAUGUGUGUGCUCUACCAAGGGGAAAAGUUUUGAGCGGUACUAGUGCCAUAAAUUUUAUGAUUAGUCAUCGUGGAAAUCAUGAAGACUAUAACAGAUGGGAAAAAGCUGGAAAUAAAGGAUGGAAAUACGAAGAUAUCCUGCCGUUAUUCAAACGUAUCGAAAAAGCAAACUUAAAAAGAUACGAAGAUUCCCCAUAUCACAACACAACGGGGCCUUUAAGUACAGAAGAUGUUGCCUAUAGAACUGAUAUAUUAGAACAUUAUAUCAAAGGAUCUCAACAAGCUGGAUACAAAUUGAAUGACUACAAUGGGGAAACGCAAAUGGGAACAUCGUAUGUUCAAGCGACCACGUUAAACGGUCAUAGACACACUGCUGCAAAAGCCUAUUUGAAACCAAUUAUGGAGGAUAGAAAAAAUCUUCACAUAUUGACUAAAGCGUUUGUGACGAAAAUUCUUAUUGAUAAGAAAACUGAAUCAGCUUAUGGAGUUGAAUUUACUUAUAAAAACAAAAAUAUUACUAUUCGAGCUAAGAAGGAAGUGAUUCUAUCAGCCGGUGCCUUCAAUUCUCCUAAACUCUUAAUGCUUUCUGGAAUUGGCCCGAAAGAUGAACUUGAACGCCUUGAUAUACCUUUAAUCAAGGAUCUUCAAGUUGGUAAACGUAUGUACGAUCAUAUGAGCUAUUUAGGUCCAGUCGUUAAGGUCAAGAAUGUUAAAAAAAAACCAACACUUUUUACAACUCGAUUAAACCCUUUAGAUUACCUCAAAUUCAAAGCCGGUGAUCCUUCAACAAGAUUUUCAACUAUAGGUGGUGUGGAAGCAAUGACAUUCGCUAAAACUUCAAAUUCCAAACAACCAGAUAGUGUUCCUGAUAUCGAAUUGAUUUUGGUACCAACAAGUUUGGCCGGAGAUUUUGGUACAGCAUUAAGAAUAAGUGCAAAUAUUCGCAAGGAUAUUUAUACAAAACAAUUUAAAGUACUUGAAAACAAAGAACAUUUUGCAUUUUUAACAAUGUGUUUCCAUCCGGAAUCAUUUGGAAAUAUAACUUUGAAGGACAAAAAUCCAAAAUCACCACCAAUUAUUGAUCCAAAUUAUUUUGAAAAGGAAGUAGAUGUUGAGUGUAUUCUUGAAGGUGUCAAAGAAGCUAUUCGUAUAACAAAAACUCCAGCUAUGCAGGAGAUCAAUGCAACAUUGCAUACAUUACCAACACCAGGAUGUGAACAUAUUGAUUUUGGAUCGGAUGAUUAUUGGAGAUGUUCAAUUAGGCAUUUGUCGUAUACAUUGCAUCAUCAAGUGGCAACUUGUAAAAUGGGACCUGAAAGUGAUCCGACAGCGGUAGUUAAUUCUCUGUUGAAGGUGUAUGGUUUGAGGAAGUUGAGAGUUGCUGAUACUUCGAUUAUACCACGUCCACACACGGCUCAUACUAAUUUGGUUUCUUUUUUGAUUGGAGAAAAAGCUUCGGAUAUGAUUAUCGAUGAGUGGUCUGGGAGAUGAAGUGAAAUGAAGUGAAAUGAUAAAUGAAUGUGAAUUUUAAUAUUUAUUGCACUUGUAGAACAAAAACGAAAAUAAAA